AUGUGCUUACAUCGCCUCAGUCACAAGGUAGCAAUUGACUACCUGUCUUCUGCUGGGACUGCUGUGGCACCUGAAGGUUUUGGAAAGUGCACUGCAAAUUUGGAGCCAAGAAACGUUCUGUCUGUGGCCAAUGCCUUAGUAGUGUUCCUUGCAUCUGGGGCAACUGACACUGUUGGUGCCACUUUUGUGCAGAAGCAAUUGGGGAGUUGUGUGUCGCCGCCAUUAUGGUCCCAUCCAAACCCACAGCGAUCACCACAAACGGCGACAUCCUCCAAACGGGGACCCAAACAUGGGAUGCCACACAGAUGGUGGCAAGCCCUCAAUACAUGGGCUGAAAUGUAA